CGAUGGCAGCAGAUGCCGCUUUACCGUACAUGCAACCAUUCACGAGUGCUACUCACGACUGAUGAGUCGAGAAGUCACCUGCGUAUCGCAAACACCAUCCCUUUCAACAUUCGACUCGUUCGUCGUUCCUCAUUACGCCUGUCCGCCGUUCGGAUUGCACUUUCUGGCCGCUGAAGUCAGCCAUCGAUUCAACACCAGCAUUUAUCGCUGGCUCCACCUGACGCCUCUCACGACACACGGCAGGCAGGAGCACCAGGCCGCCUGUCCUCAAGGCACGAUGCUCGCGUAGCCAGCAGACUUUCACAACACGACAGCUCUCGGAGCGCAGCACAAUCACUCAUCCCAAGACAUGUCGUUCAAUUUCAAGUGGCCCACAUUCUCGGCCGAGUUUCAUGCUGAUGCGGCGAGGAUGCUGGAUGGAGCGCUGAACAGGGGCCAGAAGCCAAAAGUGAUCGCUGACGAUAUUCGCGUGAGGGAGUUGGGCAUGGGAACCAUUCCGCCCGAGCUGGAAAUCCUCGAGAUUGGCGAUCUCAGCACGGAUCGAUUUCGAGGCAUUUUCAGGUUGACGUAUGCUGGGGAUGCGCACUUGGUGCUCAGCACAAAGGUGCAAGCCAACCCUUUGGCCCCUUCCUCUCGACCCGACACUUCGCUCGGCAUAUUUCCCGAAUCGGAUCGCGGCAUCCUCUUUGCAGCUGCUCCCCUCAUCGUGCCCAUGCAGCUCAGAUUGUCGGCAGUGAGAUUGCGAGCCAUCGUGGUGCUCGUAGUCAGCAGACAAAAGGGAAUCACGCUGGUAUUCAAGAACGAUCCUCUAGAAAGCGUCGAUGUCAGCAGCACAUUCGAUAGCGUGGCCGUCAUCCAGAAAUAUCUGCAAAGCGAAAUCGAAGGUCAAUUGAGGGAAAUGUUCAGGGAAGAUUUGCCGGGCAUCAUACACCGCUUGAGCCAGAAGUGGUUGAGUGGCGAGAGCAAAAGGCCACUGCGCAGGGGCCCGCCACCUUCGGUACUGUCAAAGCGCAACAAGUAA